AAUUCCUCUCCAUCCCGUGCUUUUAGCUCCCUUCGCAGUCUCUGGUUCGCAAUUUUCUGUAUAAAUAUGUACAUCCCUCAGUGAUAUUCGAUAAGAAAAAUUAAACUACAAACAAAAUGGUUGGAAAAAUUAUGUCUUGUAUUGCCGUGGAGGCAGUUCUAUUGGGCAUUCUUCUGUACAUCCCCAUUGUACUUUCUGAUGAUAGAGCACCUAUUCCAUCAAAUAGUGCUCAAUUAAACAGUUGGUUUGAUGGCAUUAUUCAACCAGUAGCUGUUCGGAAAGCAACCAUGGACCCGGCCUUAGUCACCGCGGAGGGGCAAGCCAAGCUGAUAAAAUUGAAAAGCGAUGGAAGUGGCGAUUUCAAGUCGAUCAAUGAAGCGAUAAAGAGCAUUCCCGAUGACAAUACUAAAAGAGUCAUUUUAUCGCUUGCACCUGGAAACUAUAGCGAGAAAGUCAAGAUUGGAAUGUAUAAACACUAUAUCACCUUCUAUGGGGAAGAUCCAAAUAACAUGCCAAUUCUGGUGUUUGGUGGAACAGCAGCAGAAUAUGGAACUGUGGAUAGUGCCACCCUCAUCGUGGAAUCAAAUUACUUCAGUGCCGUUAAUUUGAAAAUUGUGAAUUCUGCGCCGAGGCCUGAUGGUAAAAGGGUUGGAGCUCAGGCAGCAGCAUUGAGAAUAAGUGGAGACAAGGCGUCUUUCUAUAAUGUCAAAAUUUAUGGAUUUCAAGAUACUCUUUGUGAUGACAAGGGAAAACAUUUCUAUAAAGACUGCUAUAUUGAAGGCACUGUUGAUUUCAUCUUUGGCAGUGGCAAAUCCAUCUUUCUGAACACGGAGUUACAUGCCGUCCCCGGGGAUCAGCCGGCAAUCAUCACUGCACAGGCAAGGAAAACUGACUCGGAAGACACGGGAUACUAUUUUGUGAACUGCAGGGUGACAGGCGGCGGCGCCUUUUUGGGCAGAUCAUGGAUGCCUGCAGCUAAAGUGGUGUUUGCUUACACUGAAAUGGGUGAUGCUAUUCACCCUGAAGGAUGGAUCCUUGUAAAACCUGAACACGAAAGCACGGUUAGGUUCUCAGAGUAUAACAAUAAAGGACCUGGAGCGAACAUGGAAAAGCGAGCUAAAUUCGUUAAGAGGCUAUCUGAUGCAGAAGCCAAACAAUCCAUUAGCCUUGGCUCUAUAGAGGCUUCGAAGUGGCUGCUUCCUCCUAGAGUCGUCGGCCUACCGUAGUUUAAAAUCUAUUAUUUCAGUUUGUAGUCUUUAGGAAAAUAAAAAUUUUCGACUCUAACGAGUGUGUUAUUAGACUUGUCACCAGAAUAAAAGACAGUCUGCGACAUGACGGCAUGAUUACUACAAUCAAAUCUAGGGAAAAGUACUAGUUUUUACCUGUAAAUUUUUCAUAUAAUCUUGUGCCUUUUAAGGCUUCUCUUGUAUUUAGUAUUGUCGUAUGGGACACGAUGGCCUUUGAGCUAUUAGUCAUACUUUAGUCUUUUGCCUUUCAAGGCUUCUCAUGUAUCUAUUAUUGUUAUAUGGGACGCAAUAGCCUUUGAGCUAUAUAAUCAUCCUUAAUAUC